GUCUUCUUUCUGAAACGCUGGCUAUAACUGAACACAUUGACGUUUGUGGACACAUGUGGAGCAGUGUGUUGGUGUGCAAGUACCUGACCGGCAGAUGAAGGAAGAUAAAUUUUCAUGUAACUGGUGUGAAGUUUUAAUAAAAAGUCAUUGGUGGAGACAGACGGACAACAUAAAGUCACUCAUCGAGGGAGUGACCCAGCAGUUUGAAGCACUCAGGCAAGAGGUAUCCACACAUCCCACCUGGUCUGAGUGUGCAGUUGGAACAACAGAGGUUGCUCUAAAAGUCCAGAGGAAGACACGAAAGGACAGUACAGUGUCACACUCGUAGACAUAUGGUGUGUGGGAAAUGAAUGAACUUCCCAGGCUGCCAGCCAGGCUUCUGCUGAUUCCUGCAUCUGUAAGCCAAGUGAUUGACAGGACAGACAGACAUGGGGAAGCAGAACAGCAAGCUCCGUCCGGAGGUGAUGCAGGACCUGCUGGAGAGCACCGACUUCACCGAGCAUGAGAUCCAGGAGUGGUACAAGGGCUUCCUGAGGGACUGCCCCAGCGGGAACCUGUCUAUGGAAGAGUUCAAGAAGAUCUACGGCAACUUCUUCCCCUAUGGAGACGCUUCCAAGUUUGCCGAACACGUCUUUCGUACUUUUGAUGCCAACGGCGACGGGACAAUAGAUUUCAGGGAGUUCAUCAUCGCGCUAAGCGUGACGUCACGCGGCAAGCUGGAGCAGAAGCUGAAAUGGGCUUUCAGUAUGUACGACCUAGAUGGGAACGGGUACAUCAGUAAAGCUGAGAUGCUGGAGAUUGUACAGGCGAUAUAUAAGAUGGUGUCCUCAGUGAUGAAGAUGCCAGAGGAUGAGUCCACACCAGAGAAGAGGACAGAGAAGAUUUUUAGGCAGAUGGACACAAACAGAGACGGGAAGCUCUCUCUGGAGGAGUUCAUCAAAGGAGCAAAGAGCGACCCGUCCAUCGUCCGCCUGUUGCAGUGCGACCCCAGCAGUGCUGGCCAGUUCUAAAACAGAGGCACUGAUGUAAUCUUGCUUCUGGGGGACUCUAAUUACCUGUAACUCUCCACUAUGGAGCAGACUGAUGAUGAAGAAUGACAAGAUGAAGAUGAUGAAGAAGUCAGGCCUUCAAUCUGAACGGAACGACUUUCAAAGUUGGACACAGGAGCAAAAUUUUCCUUUCACCACCCUCACCACCAUCACCCCCACCCCAAAAAAAAAAGAAGAAAAGCAAAGCUGUGUAUCUAACCUUCUUAACUCUCAUCACAUUAAACCCCUCAGACUGAAAUUGAAUCCCUCAGUUGUCCUCCUGUAGAUAUGUUAGAGUAUAGAGAAGGUUUACAGUAGGUUGUAUAUACGCAGUAUAAACUGGAGUCUCUGUGUCAGUGUCUUUGCUUGGCUCUCCGUGCUCUCUGAGGCUCCACACAGCCUCCAUCACUAAUAUGUAUGAGAGACAUGGCGGCGUUAACAGGACACGACGUAGGUGAGAUCAUUUAAUCUGCAGAGAGGACCUGUGAAGUUUCUCCUUCACUCAGAACGAGUACUGCUUUCAGUUUCCUCUUUUCUACUGUGAGAAUGUGUAUGUGUUUUUCAAACUUGAUAGACUUUGUUUCAUAUAUUGUGCUGGGACAAAAAGAACAUGUAAUGUUAUGCUACUAUGCAUACGCGCCCUAAUCAGUAGUGUGUGAAGUCUAACGGAUGUAAUGGAGGAUGCAGAGCUGCUCUCUCUCCAUGAUCUGUUCCUCUCCUUGUUUUGUUUUGUUUUGUUUUUCAUAUCAGUAACAACAACAGAGAAAGUGUUACUUCGCUCUAGCUUCUAAUAGAAAUGUAGUCAUUACAGUAUAGUCUAGAUAUUUUAAAGUGCACCUAAAACUGUUCAACAAACCCACACAGUCCUGAAUUCCCGGUUCAGAACAAAUGUUGUGAAAUAAUAAUAAUAUGAUAAUAAUAAUAAUAGAAAAGUGGUUGUUUAUUUUAGCUGUUUCUGGAUUUCAAGCAUGCACACCUUCUUUGACAUUGUGACGAACAAAGACACACUUGCGCACUCACUUUUAGAUGUUUUUUAACUGCUGCAUGUUGACUUAGUUGCUGGCUGCAGGGGCGCGCAGACGAACAUAACACGUAUGCAUGUGACUUUCGCAUGUAUGUGUUUUUAAUGUAGGUUUAUUGAUAUCAAACAGCACGUCGGUGUUGGCGUUGGCAUCUGAUUACAUGCUAAAAAUUCUCUCCUGACUCCCGUCUUUCAGUCAGCUUCGACAGAGGAUGUAAAAGAGAGAAACUGUGAUCUUUUCCAGGAACUCUGAGAAGGAUCAGCACGAAGCCCCCUGAAUGUAACCGAGCAGCUAAUCAGCUUCACUUACUGCAUUAUUUCCAAUGAAAAACAGCUUUGAAUGUUCAGAAACUGCUGUUUUCUCUUUUUUUUAUAUAAAGAAGAAAAGAUGCAGACCAACAAUCAUUACUACUGCAAGGAUACUGUCACAACAUGUUGCUUUUAUUGGGUUUUUUAUACAUAUAUAUAUAUAUAUAUAUGGAUACAUUUUUCUGAUAUAGAAAAGCUGUGUCAGCUGUAACAUUUCUGUUAAAAAACACAUUAGCAAAUUGUGAUCAAGUGCCAAAUAAAAACAACAGUAUUGUAUAAAUUUAUAUUGUACAAUUGUUAUAUGUUGAACAACAUGUUUGUAAUUGUUGCAUUUUGUAGGUUUUGUAUGGUAUCCUGGACUUAGUGACUGCAGUUUUGAAGCACAGGAUUCUGUUAUUUUUUUGGUUGAUUUAAAAAACAAGAAUUAAAUUUACGAAAUAUUGUGUGCAACUGUU